UUUUCUGUGGUUACAAUAAAAGUUCUCUCUCUCUCUCUCUCUCUCUCUCUUAUUUUGCUGCUUCAUUCUACUUUUUCCCAUCUUUAUUGUUGUUCAUAUUUUCUUUUUCCCAAAAAUUUACUUGUCGUCUUUUGUAACAAUAAAAAGAUUACUGUACAAAAUGAAACAUUUUUACCAUUUGUUCGAUUUUUCAGGUUAAAAACACCUGGCGUAUAUGUUCCAAGAAAGAAAUCAGAAACUAUACAUAAUCCUUACAAAGAAAUUCAUGAGGUGGAUAUAGAACCUGUUCUUGCAAUUGAUUUUAACAUCAAAGAUAUUCCAAAGACUGUAAUAUGGGAGAAGUACGUACCCCAAGGCUCAGAUGAAUGGGAUUUUCAAGUUGCUGUGUCUAAGUUGUUCGAUGAACGUCCUAUAUGGCCAAAGGAUUCUCUAGUUCAACGACUGCUUGAUAUGGGCCUAACUUUUAGCCAUGGAGUGUUGAGAAGGCUUCUUUCUAGAAUUGCAUAUUACUUUUCCAGUGGACCUUUCCAAAGAUUUUGGAUAAAAAAAGGUUAUGAUCCUCGAAAAGAUCGUGAUUCUCGCAUAUACCAACGAAUUGAUUUUCGAGUUCCCGCAUCAUUACGAAGUUAUUGCAAUUCCAAUGCUUCCAACAAAUUGUGUUACGGACAUGCAGAGAUAAGUGCAUUUCAAGUUUUUCCUCACAAGUUCCAAACAUCAUUGCAACUUUUCGAACUUGAAGAUGAGUAUAUUCAAGAAGAGAUAAGAAAACCCUCCGAGGAAGCAUCAUGUUCGUAUGAAUCCGGAUGGUUUUCUCUGCGUAUCAUAAAUUGCAUCCGACAACGAAUCAUGAUGAGGUUUUUAUCAGUGUUCCCAACAGCAGGUGCUGAAGCUUUGCUCAGAGCAGCCUCUGAAAGCUUUGAAAAAUUGAAGAGGGAGGAUAGAAAAGAGUGCUCAAAGGUCGAUCAGGGAGGGGAACAUGAAACCAACGCAGCUGUGAUCAAUGAUGACAAAUUGGAAGCUAAUUACGCCGAAGAAGAUGAAGAAGAUGGCGAAGAUGGCUUAGGAGUUGAGAGUGGUGAUGAGGCAUUAGAUGCAUACGACAAUUUCGAUAUGGUUGGUGACGAUGACGAGAUUUCUCUGCAGUCACAUUCAUAUUUAAACAUGGAGAAUGUUUCGAGAACACAUUUGCAAGAAUUGUUUGGUAGCUUUCCGUCGUUGGAUGAAGAUGGCCUGAAGAUGGACGAUGGAGAUGGCAGUGAAGAAGAGUAUCAAAUUUAUGAGCAAGAUACUGAUAUGGACUCUGACGACGAUGAUUCAUAGUUUCCUUCUCUUUCUUUUUAUUUUUUUUUCCAGAAUAUUGUAAGUUAAUUUAUGUUUCCUUAAUUAGUUUUGUUGUAAUUAUAAUUAUUAUUUUAUCAAUCUAUCAAGUAGUGAUUUACUAUUUUUUUUCCCCAAA